UCUUACAGAGAGAUCUAGCUGAUGUUUCUGAAGAUGAGUGGAAGAAUAUUCCAGAAGUUGGUGAUGCUAGAAAUAAACGUCAAAGAAACCCUCGACCUGAAAAAUAUACACCAGUACCUGAUUCAAUUUUAGCAAAAGCAGGACUGCCAAGUGAUAGUGUCUCAUCACUUGAUCCUUUGCAACAGGGCUAUGGUGGAGGACUUAUGACUCCUUAUCCUGGAGCAAAUACACCUGGUGGUAUAAUGACUCCUGGCUGGGCAACUUCCAGUGUUGAUUUGGAUUUGCGAAAGAUUGGGCAAGCUAGAAAUGCUUUAAUGGAUAUAAAGCUUAAUCAAGUAUCUGAUUCUGUUAGUGGCCAAACUGUUAUUGAUCCUAAAGGUUAUCUUACAGAUUUGCAGUCAAUGAUUCCUAUGCAGGGUUCUGAUAUUAGGGACAUCAAAAAGGCCAGACUUUUACUCAAAAGUGUUAGAGAGACCAAUCCUAACCAUCCACCAGCUUGGAUAGCUUCAGCUCGACUAGAAGAAGUCACAGGCAAACUCCAGACAGCUCGUAAUCUAAUUAUGAAGGGAUGUGAAAUGUGUCCCAAAUCAGAAGAUGUUUGGUUAGAAGCUGCUCGUCUGCAGCCAUCUGAUUUAGCCAAAGGAGUUAUAGCUCAAGCACUUCGUCAUAUUCCUGCAUCAGUUAGAUGUUGGAUUAAAGCUGCUGAACUAGAAACAGAGCUCAAGGCUAAAAAGAAAGUCUACAAAAAGGCUUUAGGUCAUAUUCCAAACUCUGUGCGUCUAUGGAAGGCAGCUGUUGAACUGGAAGAUGCUGAAGAUGCUAGGAUUCUUUUAAGCAGAGCUGUAGAGUGCUGCCCAACAAAUACCGACCUCUGGCUGGCAUUGGCUAGACUUGAAACAUAUGAAAAUGCCCGUAAAGUAUUAAAUAAAGCUCGAGAGAACAUUCCUACAGACCGACUUAUUUGGAUUACUGCAGCAAAAUUGGAAGAAGCUAAUGGAAAUAGCAGAAUGGUUGAAAAAAUUAUUGAUCGUGCUGUCACAUCACUUAGAGCUAAUGGUGUAGAAAUCAACAGAGACCAGUGGUUAAAUGAUGCAGUUGAGUGUGAAAAAGCUGGUUCAGUGCUUACUUGUCAAGCUAUAGUUCGUACUGUGAUAGGUAUUGGUGUUGAAGAUGAAGAUCGGAAGCAUGCUUGGAUGGAAGAUGCUGAAUCGUGUGCCACACAAGGUGCUUAUGAAUGUGCCAGAGCAAUUUAUGCCCAUGCUUUGUCCAUGUUUCCGAGCAAAAAGAGUAUAUGGUUAAGAGCUGCAUAUUUUGAAAAAAAUCAUGGAACAAGAGAAUCUCUUGAAGCAGUGUUGCAACGAGCUGUUGCACAUUGUCCUAAAGCUGAAGUAUUAUGGCUGAUGGGUGCAAAAUCAAAGUGGCUUGCUGGCGACGUUCCUGCUGCCCGUAGUAUAUUAUCGUUAGCUUUUCAAGCUAAUCCUAACAGUGAAGAAAUCUGGCUUGCUGCUGUCAAGCUUGAAAGUGAAAAUAAUGAAUAUGAAAGAGCUCGCCGAUUGCUUGCUAAAGCUAGAGCAAGUGCUCCAACUGCACGUGUCAUAAUGAAAUCUGUGCGAUUAGAAUGGGCACUGGGAGAUUUGAAAAAAGCAAAUAUUCUGCUUGAUGAAGGUUUGAAACAGUAUCCAGAUUUUGCUAAAUUGUGGAUGAUGAGAGGUCAAAUUCUGGAACAAGAAGGACGUGUUCAUGAAGCCAGAGAUGUUUAUAAUCAAGGAAUAAAAAGGUGUCCAAAUUCUAUUCCUUUAUGGCUGCUGUUGUCUCAGUUAGAGGAAAGAACUGGAGCAUUAAUUAAAGCACGUUCAGUCCUUGAGAAAGCUCGUCUAAAAAAUCCAAAGAAUCCUCAGCUGUUGUUAGAAUCAAUACGAGUUGAACUGCGUGGUGGAUUAAAAGAUAUUGCUCUAAAUUUAAUGGCUAAAGCUAUGCAAGAAUGUCCAAACAGUGGCAUAUUAUGGGCUGAGGCCAUAUUUCUUGAAGCAAGGCCUCAACGAAAGACUAAAAGUGUUGAUGCACUGAAGAGAUGCGAACAUGAUCCUCAUGUUUUGUUAGCUGUAUCAAAGUAAA